AUGGCCGACCAGCCCGCAGAAGACGGUGGAGCAGCGCCGGCAGAGGAGGCGGCCCCUGCAGAACAGACACCCGCAGAAGAUGGUGGUGAAAACGCCGAGGCAGCU